UCUCGAUUUUCCUCGAGUCUCCCAAACAGAGAGGCUCCAUUAAAUGCCAUGUGAACCCUGCACCAUGUCUUGCCUAAGAUUAGGAGCAUGAGCAUGUGCUGCUGACCUAACGAUAUUGUCUGUUUCUUCCUCACAUGGCUCAGCCUAUCAGAAAACAACCUAUAAAACAAAACUUCAGUCCAGAGAUUAUCAAAGCCACCAUGGAAACCGAGAGUUCAGAGACCAGGAACCAAGCGAGACUAGCCAUUCUCGAGCUAGCCAACAUGAUAAGCGUUCCCAUGUCUCUCCAUGCCGUCGUCCGCCUCAACGUCGCCGACGCUAUCUGGCAAGGCGGAACUAACUUGCCGCUUUCUGCCUCAGAAAUACUCGCAGCAGUCCAUCCCUCUGGCGGCGAUCCCGAGAAUCUUCAACGCAUCUUGCGUAUGCUUACCAGCUAUGGCGUGUUUGCGGAGCAUCUUAGUGCCGAUGCUACUGAGAGGAGGUACUCUCUGACGGAGAUCGGAAAAACGCUUGUCACCGACGGUGAGGGCCUUUCCUACGCUUCCUACGUGCUUCAGCACCACCAGAUGAAAAUUUUUAAAAUAAAACAGGAUGCAUUGAUGAGGGCAUGGCCAUUUGUGCACGAGGCAGUAUUGGACCCCACAACAGAGCCAUUUGUUAAGGCAAAUGACGAGCCCGCCUACAGCUACUACGGGAAACAGCCAGAAAUGAAUGAUUUAAUGCUGAAGGCCAUGUCAGGUGUAACUGUGCCGUUCAUGAAAGCCUUCUUGAACGGCUAUGAUGGAUUUCAAGGGUUGGAGAGAUUAGUUGAUGUAGGUGGGAGUGCAGGGGAUUGCCUUAAGAUGAUCCUGCACAAAUAUCCUAGCAUUCUUCAAGGGAUAAACUUUGAUUUGCCUGAAGUAGUUGCCAAGGCACCAAAGAUUCCAGGUGUUAUCCAUGUUGGUGGUGACAUGUUCAAAUCGAUUCCUUCAGCUGAUGGUAUCUUUAUGAAGUGGAUAUUGACGACAUGGACAGAUGAUGAGUGCAAGUUGAUAAUGGAAAAUUGUUACAAGGCACUUCCUGUAGGAGGGAAACUAAUAGCUUGUGAGCCAGUGUUGCCAAAGGAUUCCGAUGACAGCCAUAGGACAAGAGCUCUCUUGGAAGGUGACAUAUUUGUCAUGACAAUUUAUAGAGCUAAGGGCAAGCACAGGACAGAAGAAGAAUUCAAGCAAUUGGGUCAGUCGGUUGGUUUCUCUAGUUUCCAAGCAUUUUAUAUUGAUUACUUCUAUACUGUUUUGGAGUUUCAAAAAUAAUUAAUGGCUUGCCUUAAUUAGGACAUAUAAUUAUUAAACUACAAAUCUCUCUAUUCAAUAUCCUAAUUGUUUAAUGCAUGGCACCUUGAACUGUAUAAUUUUCAAUUUUAACUCAAUCUUGGAUUGCCAAA